GUCCAAUUUUAGCACAUGCGCUUAUGAGAAUAUCCAGCCCAGCUGUGUACCUAUCUAACAUAGAAAACAAUACUGAACUGUGCAAAAUAAUGUUUAUUAAAAUGCUUGCAAUGGAUAGAUUAUUUCAAUAAUGAUACAGGAGAGUUACACGUAAUUCUUAAAGUUUAAAACACCUACUGUGCAGUUAAACGACUAAUAAUGAAAUAUGAAUUUAUUUAUACGUAGAUUGAAAAUCAAGAAAGGAUAAAAGAACUCACGAAUACAUUAAAAGAUCGUACGGUGAUGUAAACUAGAAAAAUGUGUUUUAACGUAUAUCAUAGAACAAUGUCAAAGUUGAGAAGGGACAGAAAUUUGCGACGGCGGGUGCAGUGGAGUCUCGCCUCAUUAGCAGCGAUCUCCUUCAUUAUUUACAAUGCAGCUGCUAAUAUUUUGCUUCUCUACCCAGUGUCUUGCCCUAUACUUAGCACUCUACCACCGGCAGCAGUAGUUGAGACGACUUGCGAGCCGUGCCUCGAAACGGCCCAAAACCCGGCAAUUGACGAUGACCCUAUAUCUCGUAUAGAUUUGAACCUUGGGAGAUGGGACGGGUCGCGAUCAUUCAAACUUUUCGAUUAUGUUGCAGUCGGCGACAUGUACGUCGAAGCUUCAGCCAAUCGUCAAGUCUGUUUAGCCACGCAGAGUUCCAUCGAAAGAUUGCAUGAGCUAUUAAGGAUCGCUGCGCACUGGUCAGGACCGAUAUCUGUAGCAAUUUUUGUAGCUGGAGACGAAUUGAGGCUUUUGCGUGCUUUUGCAAUGUGGCUGUUCAGGUGCAAGCCCGAAUUGUAUUCGAGGAUAGCGAUGCACGCCGCUAUGCCGAUCGUCAAGCCCGGUGUUCAGGGAACGUUACCGGUAUGGGCUAAAAACUGCGACGCGCAGCCUUUACCGGCGGGCGAAAGACGGGCAGACACUGUUGCUUGGAGAUCGAGGCAUCCGUAUCCUCAGAAUCAUUUGAGAAAUCUCGCUAGAAAGAAUUGUCACACAGCCUACACAUUUUUGGUCGAUAUUGACAUAGUGCCAUCGAAAGGAAUGGCCGAGGACUUAGAUAAGUUUUUGUUGAAUACUCCUAAGUGUCCGCUAUGUGCGUAUGUGGUGCCGACGUAUGAGCUGGACAAACGAGUCGCUACAUUUCCUCCCAAUAAGAAGGAACUGCUGCGGCUGUCGAAGAGCAAAUUGGCAAUACCGUUCCAUAGAAAAGUGUUCAUUUAUAAUCAGUAUGCUUCCAAUUUUACAAGAUGGGAAUCAACAGGCGGCAACGAAAGCUUGGAGACCCACAUUAGCCACAACGUCACCAACUUCGAGCUCCUGUAUGAGCCGUUCUACGUCGCUCCAGACACUGUUCCACCUCAUGAUGAGAGGUUCUUGGGGUAUGGCUUCACUCGGAACACGCAGGUAUACGAAAUGUUUUUAAUCGGAUACCAAUUUAAAGUCCUGUCCCCCAUAUUCACGAUCCACUGGGGCUUGCAGUUGCGACGCAACCGCCCUCUGUGGCGGGAAAAACAGAACGAGAAAAACAGAAAGCACUUCGAGGCCUUCAAGCGAGAACUAUUCGCUAGAUACAGGAAGGAUCCAUUGCACUUACUACGAAAGAGUGUCCAAGCAAAGAAAACAUAGGCCUCGCAAGGCCGUGCGAGCAUUGCCGGCCUUUGGAUGAUUAUUAUACUGUUUAGAAUCUUGUGACACUGUGUCAGUUAUUGGGACUGGUUUAAAUGUUGAUUCUAGGCCAGUGCUUAUGUGAUGGAAUGUGAUCAAGUGAUUGUAAUAUAGUGAAAUUAAUGAAAUAUAGGCAUAUAAGGCAAUUAGUGUUAUUUAUCUGUUAGGAGAUCGACUGUUAUGGGUUAUAGUUUCAUGAAUGUUUGUUGUAGUUUAUAUAAUUUUAUUAAUGUUUAGAUCAUGCUUUUCCUAAACAUUGCAUAUAUAAGUGUGGUUUAUUAUCCAAUUUGUUUAUAGCGUAUUGGGAAUGUGGUAUAGGUACAGUAUUAUUGUCACAUAAAAUGCUUAAUCGCUUAUUAUAUGAAUAAAGCUUCAAGAAAACAUGUUACAAUGAAAAACAUAUGUUAUGAGUUAAUCUUUCGAUUUAUAGAUUUGUAUCAGGACAAUUUGAUUAAAAGAGGAAAAUUAGUUUUUUGUUGUAAUCGCUACUAACAGAUAAUUCCGCUGCGAUCUCGAAUAAUAACGAUAUUGGGGCCUUCAAGAUAAGAGCGUAUUUAUCAUUACGCUCGAAGACCGAUGACGCUUAUUGGGCGAAAAAACAGCUGAAAUUGCGCUCUGGUUACAGUAAAUCAUGCGCGUUUCUCUACACGUAUUAUUCAUUCAUUCAUUCAUGUUGUGACUCUCAUGAAAAGAAUGAUGCGUGUGCCAAUCACAGAAAUAUCACAGGCGAAAUUCGUGUCGUGGCUGAUAACCUCGACGCGUUGUGGCGAUGAAUAAAUGCCAUGACGCGAUUUUCGAUUGUAUUUUAAUUAAAUGUCGCAUAAUUUCGACGUUCAUAUCUCUGUCGACGGAACUAAGUCACAUAUCAAUUCAUUUUUCAACCGACUUUAAAAAAUGGAGGAUUUAUCAAUUUGACUGUAUUUUUUGUGUCCGUUAACCGAUUUUUAUUAGAAAGCCGGUGCUCACGAUUUAAAGGCAGUUUAGGUUUUUAUAAAAAUAAUUAUUUGUUGACUGUUUUUCUGGUGUAUGUGUUCACGAUCUAAAUAAAUACGGGUAUUUAUUAAAAUGUCAUCAAACUAAAGAGUUUGAUACAAAAACAACUGUGUAUGAUAGGAAAAAUUAUAUUUACUUUAUAUAAAUGUUAAGAAGUAGGUAUAAUUAUGUGUUAAGAUCGUGUAUAUAGUCAUAAUCUAUUAUGUAUGUUAUAAUCUAUAUAGAGCUUAUACGUGUACCUAAAUAACUGUUGUUGUGUUGUAUUUAAACAAUCCAACUUCCAAUGUUAUUGUUGUAUUUGCUGAUUUUUUAUUUAUGUGUAUUUACCUACUAGAUAGAUGCGCUGUCUCGUUGUUUUACUCGGAAUAAUUUGAUGUUAUUUAUUAUCCGACGUUUCUAUGUGCAAGAACGAACAUGAUAAUUAUGUAAUAGGUUAUGUAAUAACAGUUAUUGUUAAGUUUUAUAUAUUUCUGUUGACUUAUGUGUUGUCUAUGAAUGUAAAAUUGUUGUAAGUACAUGUACGCACAAUUUAGUUGUUAUUUAUCUGUUGUAAGUGAAAGGCACAAAUAAAACGAAAUACAUUAUUCAGUCUUUUUAUUUACACAUG